AUGUCCUCCCAGCAGAGCACGGCUUCCGCCAAAGGCUUUUCCAAGGGGUCUGCCCAGGGUCCCUCUCCGUGUCCGGCUCCGGUCCCCGGCCCUGUGCCCGCAGCCUCAUCCUCCUGCUGCGACUGCGGGGAGGGCUGCUGCGGCUCCGGCGGCUGCUGCGGCUCCGGCGGCUGCUGCGGCUCCGGGGGCUGCUGCGGCUCCGGCGGUUGCGGCUGCUUCCCCAGGAGGCGCCGCCGACAGCGCCGGAGCGGGUGCUGCGGCUGCUGCGGGGGUGGCAGCCAGAGGUCACAGAGCUCCAGCAAUGCCCAGCGCCAAGGCUGCUGCGGCGGCUGCUGCGGCCCCCGCUGA